AGUAAACAGGUUGAAGAUGGACAUGGAUCAAACGUGGCACAAAACAUAGCCCAAAAUAGCCCGCAUUCCAAGCCUAAAGCGAUUUUAGAACGUUCGAUCUUAAAAAUAUCUGGUUAUUUAUUUAAUUAAUAGAAAAGCGUUUGAUGCGUUUGCCAGGAAACAAAAGGAAACUCCAUCGAAUUUGAAAAAUAAAAUAUUUUAUCCCAUAAUUUGAUGGGAUAUCCUGACAAUCCUAAAAUUAUGAUAUCUGCAAUAGUUCUGUAUCUGCUUCUUCUGUCACAUCAAACAGGGUCAGAGGAGCAGGUGGAGCACUAUAUUAUUAGAGAGAAGGGUGAGAUAGCUGUUCUACAGUGUCUUGACCAGCCAGUUAAUGAAUCUUCACUUCUUUAUCGUUGGAAGAAAGAUGGGAAUGUUGUUGCAGCAACAGAGCAUCUUUCCAUUUUAAACAAUGGCUCUCUUUUGAUCAGUGGCCUUCAGUCUACAGAUGUAGGCCAGUAUGAAUGCGAAUCCCAAACAAAGAAUGGGAUCUCAUGGCAAACUAUCUCAAACAUCCUGCUCAGAGUGUCUGAGGGUCCAACUAGCGUCUCACUGGCCAUAAAACCAGCAACUCUCCUACCGAAUGGAACAUUAUAUGUUCAAAAAGAUUUAAAUGUGCAUUUUAACUGCUCUAGUGAGUAUUUUCCCUCACAAAACUUGACAUGGACUGUUGAAAAUUUGGCGCUGGACAUUAAUGACAAGGCAUCUGGGAACAAAUCAUUCCUUGACUUCUUCAUAAGUAAAAUCCAACCAAGCCAUCAAGGGAUGUACACCUGUACAUCCCAGAAUACACUCUCCAAGACAACUGUGAACAAGAGCCAGGAGCUGCUAGUUUACUAUGCUCCAGAGAGGCAUCCGGAGUGCAGUUGGGUGAUACUAAAUGAGCCAUCCGAUGUCUUGUUCAUAUGUAAAUGGCAUGGAGGUUACCCUGUACCCACUCUGAACUGGCAUGAGGUCCGUGAAGAAAAUGUUAUAGCCAAGGGUCCCACGAUCAACUCCACGUCUCAGGAGACAGAGUGUUUGGAGGUCUAUGUGAAUAGCACUAUAAUGCACAAUGUAAAGGAAGUGAAGUGUAUCGGACAUCACGUGACUGGUGUGGAGAAAAACUGCUCCUUUGAGCUCAAGAGGCCAUAUCCAUUAGGAGAUCCCUUGGUGACCGCUCUGGAGGGCAGUAAUAUCACCCUCAAAUGUACUGAGACCAACUCUCUGCCACCAGCUAAGACUGUCUGGAAACAAAAGGACAACACAAUCAUCAACACCACCUCCAAAUAUAUUGUGGAAGAUAAAAAACCCCAUUACAAACUCAUUAUAAUCAAUGUAACGAAGGAAGAUGAAGGGGCCUACUACUGCUACAGUGAAAACCUUCUUGAUGCAAGAGCACUGGAAGUGUUUCUAACUGUGAAGACCUCUGCAGGUAAUGGAGGGGUCGUAGUUGGUGUCUUUGUUUCCAUUUUGAUAAUGAUAAUUGGAGUUACUGUUGGUGUGACGGUAUAUUCAAAGCGGGAUAGAAUUUGUAUUGGUUUAGGAUUUAGUCAUUUAGACAAUGACAGAUGGGAUGUACUGAGUUUGGUGGACUCAGAUGAAGAGGAAAUUGUCCAUGAAACUGUUCCACAACUCCCUCCGCCGACAAACGGCCAUGCAACCACACUCGUAGAGAUUCACAGAAUACCAUCCAGUAAGUUAACGGUUUCCCGAAUAUUGUUUAGAGGUUUGUGUUAUAAUUUCAAAAGUAGUUUCUUUUGAAAGAAUUGGGAACUGGGGAAUGUUACAUAAUGAAGAAAUUAAAGACUUGAGCAAAUAUAAGUAAGGCAAGUUUGAGAAAUGACUAUUUAUUUAUUCAUUUGAAAAAGCUGGAAAUAUGAGUGAUUUUCUAAAAUGCAUGUGUGUAUAUUUUACAGGUGAUCAUGAAGAUAAUGCAGACAGUACCGGACAACAAACACAAACAGAACCAGUACAACAGUCAGCAGACAGUUAGUUAACACUUUAAAUGUACAGAAAAUUAAUUCUUUGUGUCAGCUCUGCUAAUAUAUUUGUUUGUUUGUUUUUUGUGUGAUAUUAUCCUUUUAUAAUAUUUCAAGUGGAAAGAUCUUAAACUUAUUUUAGAGAGGCCCCGUUUUUAUUUUCAGUAUUAGAUUUUAAUAUACUGAACUGGCCUCACAUCGUUCAAUUCAAACUUUUACUACUCCAUACUGUGUUAUGAAAUGUUAUUGUUACUUGAACUGGUUUGAAUAAUACUUUAUGUAAAAAUGUAUGGGUGAAUCUCGACAAAAUAUGUCUGGCUCAUAUUUCUUGGCAAAACAAUAAUAAUAAACUUAAGGGAAGCCUAUUUUGUGCUGUGGAAGAAAUUUUAUUUCUAUCUGAAAUAUGAAUAUUAUUUGCUUCACUGUACUAGAGUGUUCUUUAGACUGUCUCUGAGUUCUUCAGUAUGCUUGAGUUUUUGAUGAGCUGAAAGAUAACAGGAAAUCUAUUUGUAUAUGUGUGCAAGACAAGUGUGUGCGACAGAAAUGUUAUUUUAGUUUCUUAGACGUCCUGGCUCCUUAGAAAAUGAUUUGCAUUAAAUUUUUAGUAAUGCAUC